CCUCCACCCACCCACCACCGCCCGAAGAGAGAAACAGAGGCUGGGUUCCUACUGGAGGUCAACUAAUACCUCGCUCACCAUGACGAAGAUGAACUCCCUGAUCUUUCUCAAGGAAGAAUAAAUACAUCGAGACAAUGGAGCCAGCAGUGAAAAUACUGAACGCUACCAUUAAUGAGAGUGCCACUGGCCAGCCCUUCCACCUGGUCACGCACAGUCUGUGGGAGGUGAUCACCAUCGCCACCCUCUCCGCGAUAGUGAGCCUCAUCACUGUGGUUGGCAACGUACUGGUGAUGCUGUCCUUCAAAGUCAACAGCCAGCUCAAAACGGUGAACAACUACUACCUGCUGAGUCUGGCGGCGGCGGACCUAAUCAUCGGGGUGUUUUCCAUGAACCUGUACACCUCUUAUAUCCUGAUGGGCUACUGGGCUCUGGGCAACCUGGCCUGUGACCUGUGGUUAGCCCUGGACUACGUUGCCAGCAACGCCUCAGUCAUGAACCUCCUGGUGAUCAGCUUCGACAGGUACUUCUCCAUCACCAGGCCCCUCACCUAUAGGGCCAAGCGGACGCCCAAGAGGGCCGGCGUCAUGAUAGGCUUGGCCUGGACGGUGUCCCUGGUUCUCUGGGCCCCGCCCAUUCUCUGCUGGCAGUACUUUGUGGGCAAGCGGACCGUGCCGGAGAUGCAGUGCCAGAUCCAGUUCUUCUCGGAGCCUGUGAUCACCUUCGGCACGGCCAUCGCGGCGUUCUACGUCCCCGUGUCGGUGAUGACCAUCCUCUACUGCCGGAUCUACAAGGAGACGGAGAAGAGGACCAAGGACCUGGCCGAGCUCCAGGGCAUCCACUACUCUGCGGACCCGGCGCUGGCGCAGCCCCAGAAGGCCAUCAUCAGGUCUUGCUUCAGCUGCAAGCGGAGCUCCAAGACCCAGGACAGGAACCAGGCGUCGUGGUCCUCGUCCAGCCGCAGCAACGCGGCCCGAGCCGCCGCCGCCGCCGCCACCAACAACGACGACGAGUGGUCCAAGGCGGACCAGCUGACCACCUUCAACAGCUACGCCUCGUCCGAGGACGAGGAGAGGCCCGUGUCCCCGGUGGCCUUCCAGCCCGACUUCCAGGACCAGGCGGCCCACGGCGGGGGGGCCCGCAGGAGUGUGGCAUGCAGCGAGAAGGAGCGGAUGAGCGGGGGCCGCGGCGAGGAGGACAGCUUCUUCGGCACGCCGCCCAAGAGCAACCCGCUGAAGAGCAAGAAGUGCGUGUCGUACAAGUUCAAACCCGUAGUGAAGGACGCGGGCGGGCAGCAGCAGCAGCUGCAGCAGCAGCACGGCAAGAACGGGGACAGCAAGAUGUUCUCGUCGGCAGAGUCCAUCGCCGCACCGUCCACGGCGGCCAAGCCCAUGGACGCCACGCUGAAGAGCCAGAUCACCAAGAGGAAGCGCAUGGUGCUGAUCAAGGAGAGGAAGGCGGCGCAGACGCUCAGCGCCAUCCUGCUGGCCUUCAUCCUCACGUGGACCCCGUACAACAUCAUGGUGCUUAUCUCCACCUUCUGCUCCGACUGCAUCCCCGUGCCCCUCUGGCACCUGGGUUACUGGCUGUGCUACGUCAACAGCACCGUCAACCCCAUGUGCUACGCCCUCUGUAAUAAGACCUUCCAGAAGACGUUCCGCAUGCUGCUGCUGUGCCAGUGGAAGAAGAGGGUGGAUGAGAAACUUUACUGGUACGGACAGAACCCUGUGGUGACCGCCAAACUCACAUGACCCGGCGCGCCGAUCUCACUCCACUGCUGUUUUGCGGCGAGAGCUGGAUUUUUACAUGUACGUUUUUCAUGCUAAUUUGAGUUCAUGUUGGUAUGAUAUAAAAGGUGUAAGUCUAAUCAUUAGGUGUAGUGUAUGCUGAGUAUUUCUCCAACCAAAAAUGGGAUCAUUUUGUGAAAUUGCUCCACUAUUUGUAUUGUUAAUUGGUAAAAAAAAAAAAAAGACUGCAAAACUGCAAAUGUAUGCGUCCGGGACCAAUGUAAGUAUGCACAUAACCUCAUUGUAUCACAGACACACGCAUAUACACAGUCAAAUACACGUGCGUGCAUGGACACACACAGCCUCAUACAUGUGCGCACACACACACACACACACACACACACACACACACACACACACACACACACACACACACGUGAAUUCACGGAAACACAUACACAAACCAACACACACAAUCGCGCACCACAAGCGAUUCACUGCACACAAAUAUACAUUGUUUUGUACUGUUGAUGUUGUGUCAGUAUUGAUAUGCAAAACAUGGAUUUGAUAUUGCUCUGUAGCUCUAAAGGGCUAAUGGGAUGUGUUUUGAUGUCAGAAUCUGCCUGCUAUGUAAAGAUUGUAACUUAUGAAGUUCCAAGCCUUCUCACACGUGCCAUUUGCAUUUAGGAAGAAAAAAUUAUCUAAGCUUUUACUGCACUUUCAGCUUUUGCAAUUUAAACAACAUUUACAUACACCAGAAAACAUCUUGAAAUGUGACACAUGACAGUAUCCUACGGCACAUACGAGUUGAGCCUACAGGUAUUUAUAGUAAGCAUAAUCAACUAAAUUACAAACUCUUACAAAAUAUUUGUGAUAUAUUGUCAGUAUCUUUAUUUUCACUGGGUCACAAAAACAAACAAAGAAACAGCAAAAACAAGGAGUGUUUGUAUGUGGCUGGAUGGGAGAGUGGUCAUUACAAUAACUAACAUCUCUCUUUACGUAUCCCUCCCUUCUCAGGAUAAGAUCAAUGUUUGAUGAUGAAAACGUAAUUUGUAUUUACCCUGGGGACAAAUCAAUAGGUGACCAAAUUACCAACUAGCCCCCCUUAACACAAUUGCCAACUCUGUUGUCAUGCAGUCAGAAAUAUCACUGAGUCAUGCAUUAAUGAAACAGUUGCAAUAAUACAUGCCUCUUAUACUGCUUAGUGCUAACUGUGUUCCAAUGUUGAAAACAGCCCUCUCUUAAGGAUUCAAUUAAUGAAGAAAUCUUUUAUUUUUUCCUUGCAGUCCAAAUCCAUUUUUAAAGAAACUGUUUUUAUUAAAACUACAGUCUUAAAAACAUAGCAAAGGAAGUACUGGCCAAGUAAUUUUAUUUUAUAAAUGUUGUACAUUUAAGGAUUUAAAGCUUCCGUAAGUAUUAAAUGGGAUUGCCUAAUUAUCUGCAAAGUAUGUCUAUUUGUGUAAUAAGCUGCAAAGUCAAGGUACGCUUCAAUAUUAACUGUGAUGAACCACAAAUCUGAGUGAAAGAGGUAAAAUAUUUUUUGAUGGAUGAAAUUAUCCUUUGUUCCCUUUCGGGUAUUCGGUGAUCAUGUUAUUUGGUAUUUGAAUAAAAUGUUGAACUAAAAGAUAGUUAGCAUUGUUCCUUUAUAAAGGAGGCCUUACAAUAGCCAAAAUGCCAACUCCUUCACCCCUUCCUUCACCUCUU